AUGAAAGGCGGACUGCGCAGCGGGGCCAUCGCCUCCAGGAACUAUUCUGGCGUGAGAGGAAUCAAGAAUCUGGGGAACACCUGCUUCCUCAACGUUGUCCUCCAGUCGCUGAUGGGCCUGAGAUCGUUCCACUCGUACAUGGGAUUGCACAACGGGGCAGCCACAGCCUCAAAGGAUUCUCGAACGCCCCUCGCGGACGCCCUGCGUGAUUCAAUGCGAGAGUUGGCGGCACCUGCUCAGUCAGGACCCUACGACCCGACGCCCAUGGUCAUUGGUGUGCCCGUGCUACAGAACACUUUCGCGCAAGGCCAGCACGACCCCGAGGAGCUGCUGCACCACCUGAUGACGAUUCUGGACGAGGAGAAAGGACUCCCCGCAAAGGAGGCCGGCAAAGCCAAAGAGGAGACGCGCGCUGCGAGUUACACCGCCAGCAACAACAGUACCGCCACCACGCAGAGUCAGCUCGAAAAGGAGUGGGACGCCGACGAACGGAAUUCGAAUCCCUUCGCGGGCCGACUCGUGAGCAAGAUCUCCUGCAAGAGAUGCAAGAUCACGCACAACUUCAUCGACCUCUCCCUGGCGAUCCCUCGAGGAACGGAGAGACACGGGCUCGGCCCCACACUGGAAAACUGUCUCGACCUCUUCACCAAGCCCGAGGAGCUCAUCGGCGUCCGCUGCGACCGAUGCAUCGCGCUGCUGCGCGAGGAGCGGCGCCAUGUCAAGAAUCGGCUCAAGUCGCAAGAGCCCGCCGUAGCGCAAAAAGAACCCAGAGACCCUCGCGAAUUGCUCGGUCCUCUUUUCAGGAUGCCGAGCGACGCCAUCAAUUUCACGACCCUCCCAAGCUCCAUCCUAUCGAUCUCGGCCACCGACCGGUGGUCCUCCGUCCUUCGCGCCGAGAAGAGGCUGUCCAUCGCCAAGUCGCCGCACGCUCUGUGCCUCCACAUCCAGCGAUUGGUUGCUCAGCCCGGCUUCAGGGACACCACCUUCGUGAAGAGGGGUGACAAGGUCGGCUUCGGUUUCAAUCUCGACCUGUCUCCCUACUGCGAACCCGGGUGUGGGAUCUCCUACACCCUGGCGGCCGUCAUCGUGCACCACGGCUCCGAAGACGGCGGACACUUCACCGUCUACAGGAAAGUCAUCGAGAGCAAGUUGCGGCAACGCGCGGGAUGGGCGUCGACCGGCGGCACGGAGAGUGAUUGGGUCCUUAUCUCGGACGAGGUGUGCCAGAGUGUGACGAAAGAUCAAGUGCUCAAGGCGCCGGCCUACAUGCUCUUCUACGAGAAGGACACCCAGCCUUCGACAGCUACGACGCCGUCCUCAUAA